GCCAGCAGUCAAGCUCGCCAGGUGAAGAGUCCAGUGCACUGAUAAAAAAACCUACCGAAUACCAAAUCAAUGAACUCCUGAACUGACCAGAAUAAAAUCCGUAACCAAAAUCCAAAAUUAGUAUUUGCAAUAUAAAAAAAAAUGUGGAUUUCCUCGUAAUAAAAUUAACCUGAGAUUUUUCUCAGUGCAGAGUGGAGAGUGCGUUCAACCCAUUGACGAUAUUGUGUUGUUCCUCUUUUUAAUUUAUUUAUCGACGAGAAGAGUGCAUUGGCCCUAGCACCCGGGAAUAAUGGGAUCGGCUGGAUUUUAUUAUCACGAGGGAGAUUGAUAUUUAUUCCUGGAUUAAUUUCCAUGCGGAGGAGAGUCCGCCAUGGCCCCGGAUUCUGGUGCGAGUUACUCUUUAUCACGUAGAGUAACAAAACUUGUGACAUUACUCCUUGUUUUUUCAAUCACCUCAGCAACAGGAUGUCAGUUUUAUCCAGUUGGCGAGUACUUGAAGUUCGUGAGGGUUCCAGAAAAUCUUCCUCUAGGUGCAGAGGUAUUAUCCUUGGAGGUCCACCCUCGCAGUCACUUGACGAUAAUGCCCGUUGAUAAGGAAGAGGACGCGCGAUAUUUCACGUACAAAGACCUGAAUUCUACCCACAUAUCUGUGAUAUUGUCCCAAUCUCUGGAGGACCUGGUGGACUCAGAGACACCCCGAAAUCUCCUCAAGUUUCGAUUCGUCUGUGACUACUCCGACGGCGUCAACUCCCUGACAUCGUCGCACCUGUCGGUGACGGUGUACGUGGAGGACAUAAACGAUCAUGCUCCCCAGUUCAUCGGAUCGCCCUAUCACGUGACAGUUGAGGAAUUCACUUCACCCGGAAUGACGAUUUUCCGCGGAAUUCACGCCUUCGACGGCGAUAAGCCGAACACUCCGAAUAGUGACGUCCACUAUGCGAUAGUAGAAGGAAACGAGGGAGGAAAAUUCUCCCUGGAGUCAGGACAUCGUACCGCCCUGAUCCUUCGAAGACCCCUAGACUACGACACAGGGGAUCGUCAAUUUUCCUUAGUGAUAACCGCCACGGAUCGCGGCACUCCAGCGAGAAGUGCCAGCACAACCGUCACCGUCAACGUGAUUGACAACGACGACCUUGGGCCCAAGUUCACCCAGAGCACAUACAGAGCUAGGGUCUACGAAUCCUUUCCAUUUCCGAAAUCUCGUCUGCACAAAGAGAUCUACUUCACGCCUUCGAUCCACGCAAAGGACCAGGACGCGUCCAUAAACGCUCCUCUGAAGUACUCGAUAGUAUCCGGAAACGAGAGAAACAUCUUCCAGAUGGAUUCGCGAAACGGUUCCCUAUUCCAGAUUCAACCGAUCGACCUUGAAUCAGAGCGCACCCUCUCGAACAACACAUUUCAUCUGCAGCUGCACGCAACCCAGAUGGACAAUCCCCUGAAGUUCUCCAGUGCCCGAUUGGAGAUAGAGAUCCUGGACCUGAAUGACAACCUCCCGGAGUUCGAGGUGGAUCACUACAACAUCAGCAUCGUGGAGAAUCUCCCGAAUGGUUUCAGUGUCCUCCAGGUGGUGGCGCAUGAUCAGGACCAGGGGAUGAAUGGAGAUUUCACGUAUGAAUUGUUGGAUCCCUCGGGUGCUUUCCUGGUGGAUGAGAAGAGCGGAUGGCUGACCGUCCGUGACGAGAGGGUUCUGGAUCGCGAGAGAAUUUCCCUCCUCCGGAUGCAGGUGAUUGCUCUCGAGAAAAAUCCCACUGUGGUGCCCUCCUCCAACGGCAGCUCCUCAGUUCCAGUGGAAAUAACUCUUCUCGAUGCCAAUGACAAUAAUCCCAUUUUUGUUCCAUCGAAUGUCUACGAGUUCGUCGCUAAGAGUGACGCCCGUGUUGGAACUGUUCUCGGACAGGUGAAGGCCCUUGACAGUGACCUUGGGAGGAACGGUGUCGUCAGGUAUGGCCUCCAGAAAGCUGGAAAUAGCACGAUUGUUCGGGUACCAUUUACUGUUGAUUCACGUACUGGAGUCGUUACUGUUGCUGAAACUCCAAUUAUCGUUGGACGACACGCAAUAUUUGUUGAAGCAGCUGAUCAACCUGCCAAUCCCAGCGAGAGGAGAUUCUCACUUGCUGUUGUCACUGUUGAUGUUCUCCAGAGCGAUGCAACUGGAGGAUCUCUUCCUGAUUUCGUGGGUUCUCCCUAUGAGUUCUGGGUGGGUGCUAAUGUUCCGGUUGGAACGAGUGUUGGACAGAUUCGUAUCAACAGUGCAGCUGAGAAAAAACGUGACAUCAUCUACGACCUGCUCCACAGCUAUCGCGAGGGCGUUCCCUUUGCUGUGGAGGAGCAGACGGGAACGAUAACGGUGAUAGACGAUAUCGAUAGGUACGUCAGGAGAUCUUACGAUUUUGAAGGGGUUGUUACGAAUGAUAAGAAUCUGAUGCUCGUCACCAAUGUCUCGGUUCAUGUCGUUGAUCCCAACGAUGAGAGGGAACUCUUCACCAAAGGCACCACCAGAGCUCCCCUCCUCUUCCACGUUCGAGAGAAUCAAGCUGGUGCUUUCAUAGGACAAGUACUACCCCGUAAUAACACGAGAACAACCUCAAAUGUGCGUUUUCUUAUCGCCAAUCAGCGUGAUGUGCCUGAUAUCGCAAUAACCGAGGACGGUGACCUCUACACGGUGCGGGGUCUCGAUCGUGAAACCAGACAAAAUUACAGUAUCACUGUAAUUGCGGAGACGACGAGGGGACUAGGAAUAUUUCAAGUGACGGUUGUCGUCGACGACGUCAACGACAACCCCCCGAUCUUCUCUCAGUCGUCGUAUCAGGGUCACGUCGAGGAGAACAGCCCUCCUGGGACUGAAGUCGUCUUGAAUAAUCGAAUAUCCACUCAUGAUGCCGAUGACCUUCCAAACCGGAAGUUCAGUCUGCAGAUCAGUGGAGAGGGCAGUGACCUCUUCACCAUCGAUCGAACCACGGGGAGAAUCUUCUUCGGGGGCAAGGGCUCUAGUGUUCUUGAUCGAGAGGAAAAGUCCACCUACAACCUGACGAUCAUCGCCAGCGAUGACAUAAAUUCAAAAUCAACGGCAUCAUUGACCUUGAAAAUAACCGACGUAAACGACAACGGCCCGGUGUUCACGCAGAUGAUAGUAUCCCCUGACAAGGGUAUAGUAGUCUCAAAAGAGUCCUCGGAAAAAUCGAAGGACAAUUCCUCGCAUAACUCCCCCCUGCUCCUCAUCCCUGAAAACGUAACUCUCGGUGCCGUGAUAAUCCGGCUACUGGCGAGUGACAAGGACGCGGGUUCCAACGCCGAGAUAACAUACGGCAUUGCCAACGAGACAAUCUCGCCACAACGGAAUUCCGAUUCAAAUCCGCACUUCAUCAUCAGCCCAAGGACGGGUGAGCUUUCAACAGUCCGACAAUUGCCAGCUGGACGCAAUAUUCAUUUGACUGUAGUAGCUCAAGACAGUGGAACCCUGAAUGAUACGGUAUCAGUAAAAAUGAUGAUCGUUGACGUGAACGAUCACGCACCAGUGUUCAAUAAAUCGUGGUACGCGUUUGAUGUGAUCGAGGGUAUUUAUGACAGGCAGACGAUAGGUCGAAUAACAGCUGUGGACGAUGAUGCGGGUGAGAAUGCGAGGAUCAGGUACAGCUUGGAACCGUCCUGGAACUCGUCAGGACUGCGUUUCGAGGUGGAUGAGGCCAGUGGGCUGCUGAUGGUGACAGGAGAUCUGGAUCGAGAGGUCAAAGAUACUUAUCAGUUGACAGUAAUUGCUCAGGACAGUGGCAGGCAUCAGCAAAGUUCCACAGUUGAUGUCGAGAUCAAUGUUCUCGAUAGCAAUGACAAUCCGCCUGAGUUCCACGGGUACACAGAUGUUAACGUGGACAACUCGAAGAUGAUUCCAGUGUUCUACACUUCUGCCAGCGAAGACACACCACCUGGAACGAUAAUCACCAAAGUUUACGCGAAUGACAGUGAUUUUGCAGGGAACGGGAACGGCCUGAUUCUGUUCGAUCUCCCUCGGCUGAUCGGGGAGAAGCAGUUCUUCGAGAUUGACAGCAAAGACGGCACUGUCAUGACAAUCGCUGAGUUAGAUUACGAGCGUCAGAGCCUCCACAACGUCACGAUCACCGUCAGGGAUCUCGGGGAACCCAGCCUGACUGCCACAGCUCUCCUGUUCGUCAGGGUUCUUGAUGUUCCAGAUGUUCCAGAUGUUCCGGACAAAACGACACACGACAGACCGGUGUUCCAGCAUCGCUACUACGAAGUUGAGAUCGAGGAGAACUCUGUGGUACCCCUGAAACUUAUCCAGCUGAAUGUCUCGGAGGUUUACUCCCAGGAGAGGAUGAGGUACGCGAUUGUCUCGAAUGACUCGGAGAUUCUCGAUUUAUUUGGGAUUCAUCCUGAUAAUGGUACCCUGGUACUGAAGAGAAAUGUUGACAGGGAGUUCAGGGAUAGGUAUCAGUUCAGGGUGAAGGUCGAUUGGGGGAAAACUGGGAGGGGAAUGCCGGUGAUGAUUUAUCCGGUUGGUGGGGAGAGGCUUGGGGGGCUGGGGGUCAACGAGGCGAGGGUUGUCGUCAGAGUUAAGGAUGCAAAUGAUAAUGCACCUAGGUUCAGGAACAAGGGGAGACCCCUGCUCGCAGCUAUUCCAGCCAAUGUUCAGUACGGCCACGAAAUCAUCAAGGUUGAGGCAGACGACCCUGAUGAGGGAAUAAACGGUGAAAUAAGAUACCAAAUCCUUGGACAGGAGAAUUCACCGCGUUUUGCCAUUGACCCACUUAGUGGUCAAGUGCGAUCUGUAGCUAGUUUUUCGAGGGAUGCUGGUAGAGUUUUUGGGUUUGAUGUCAAGGCUACCGACAGAGGAGGGGCUGAUAAUGGAAGAAGCAGUAUAGCAAACGUUUUUGUGUACGUCGUUGACGAUAAUAAACAGGUGGUGCUCGUCAUGGGAACGAAACCGACGGAAAUUGAGAAUCAAGUCGAGGAGAUCACUGGUGCACUGCAGAACGUCACGGGACUGGACGUCAGGGUGAGAAAGUUGGAGCCACACAUUGAGAAGAAUCUGAUCGACACCACCUCCACUGACUUGUAUCUCUACGCCGUUGAUCCACAUCUCAACUCCAUGAUCGACAUGGACACCCUCCACAGUGUAUUUCGAAAGAAAAAAUCGGAAAUAAGAGAGGAGCUGGAGAGAUAUCGUGUCCUCGAUAUCGCGAGGAAUACCUCGAGACAGGGAAGUCGAUAUUUGCUGUCUACCCUGGAGGUUGGAGUGGUGGUAUUGGGGUGUGUGGUUUUCGUUGGGGCACUAGUCACUGCCCUGUGUGUCGCCUGCGUACGACGGAAUAAACGGGGAUUUAACGCCAGUGGUAACACCAGUGGUCUCCCACGCAUUCUCAUCCCUUAAUCUAAUCUACAUGGCAUCAUGCAAAUAUUUAACGCACCGUUUGGCAUAUCAGCAUAAGCGCUCGAUAAUUACUGACUAUUUUCCUACUAACUGUUAAUUCAUUAAUAAAAUUAUAUCAUUUUUAUACAACUUCUUUGUAAAACUCAAAUCUAUUUCUAUCUCCACUAAUUUAUGAUUCUUUUCACAUUAAAUUAAUUAGAUUAAAUAAAUUAAUCAUUU